CCGUCCCAUCCCGACCUGCCUCGCCAGGCACCCGCAUCCCCCAACCUGUCGCCAGUACAGGUCAAGCGCGAGGAGACCCCUAUCUCCCUCGAGGAACUGAGGCAGUCGCACAGCCUUCAGCGACCCCUCAAGCGAUCCCCCAGCCCUCCUUGGGGCCGCGGCUGGAAAGGCCUCCCAAGACCGAGCCCCGCGACACUCCGCCGCAUUCUUGGGCCAGCUCGUCGUCAGCGGUCACCGCCUCGACUUCAGUCCCUGUCCUACGCUUCCUCAACUGGCUUCACCGCCGUUGCCGCCGCGAGGCCGCUCAAGCACUCGUUCCUCGAGAAGUUCGCCCGGCGGACAGUCACAACAGUCGCCUCCGUCCGCGGGCAGUCCUUCGUCCCCCUCGUCGCCGAUAAUGUCGUCCCC